CGCAAAGUAGAAUAACAAAAGAUGAACGGUGGAAAAUUGUUAAUUUUGUUUUUAUAUUUUAUAAGUUCCAAUGCAAAUUCAAUACACAGACGAUUUGAGUAUAAAUACUCAUUUAAGCCACCAUAUUUAGCACAAAAGGAUUCGACAGUACCGUUUUUUGAAGUCGGAGGAAAUGCUAUUGCCUCGUCUGAAAGUAUUCGUGUAGCACCAUCAUUAAGAUCGCAAAAAGGUGCUGUAUGGACGAAAGCAAAGACAAGCUUUGACUGGUGGGAAGUUGAUAUUGCAUUUAGAAUAUCCGGUCGUGGACGAAUUGGUGCUGAUGGUUUAGCUUUUUGGUAUACAACUGAGAAAGGCGAUUAUAAUGGAGAAGUUUUUGGAGCAUCUGAUAGAUGGAAUGGUCUUGGAUUAUUCUUUGACUCAUUUGAUAAUGAUAAUAAGCAUAAUAAUCCAUACAUUAUGGCUGUAAUUAAUGAUGGCAACAGAAAGUUUGAUCAUCAAAAUGAUGGAAUUAAUCAAGCACUUGCUGGAUGUUUAAGAGAUUUCCGUAACAAGCCUUUCCCAACUCGUGCAAAGAUUGAAUAUUAUAAUAAUGUUCUUACUGUCUUGUUCCAUAGUGGAAUGACAAAUAAUGAACAAGAUUAUGAGAUGUGUUUGAGAGCAGAAAAUGUUGUACUUCCAAAAUUCGGUUACUUUGGAGUCUCAGCUGCAACAGGUGGCUUAGCUGAUGAUCAUGAUGUUUUCCAUCUUUUAACUACAUCAUUAUGGGCACCAGGAACACUCGAUGCUAUUGGUCAAGUUCCACAACAAGACAGUGACAAGAUCUCACAAGAGUACCAAGAAUAUCAACAAAAAUUGGAAAAGCAAAAAGAAGAAUAUAAGAAGGAACAUCCAGAAGAACAAAAAGAUGAUAUGGAGGAUUGGUUCGAGUCUGAUAAUCAACGUGAAUUAAGACAAAUUUGGCAAGCACAGACACAAACAGCUGAGAUCCUUAGAGAAUUAUCAAAGAAAUUAGAUGAAGUACUCGGACGUCAAGAAAGAACUUUAAGCUUAAUAUCGGUAUCGGCAAAUCAGAUUCAAACGGGAGGAGCACAACAACAGCCAGGACAACAACCACCAGUUUUUACAGGCGAUACAAUAAGACGACAGGAAGUUGAUAAUAUAAUUAAUACACAAAAUAUUUUAGUACAAUCAAUUCGUGAUUUAAAGACUCAAGCUAAUGACUUGAAUCAAAGAGUUGAGAUGCUUAUUACUAAUCAGAAGCAAGGUGGUUCACAAGGCGGUGGAUAUGACAUUCAAGGACUAAUUACUGAAAUGCGUGAUGGAUUGAAUCAAGUCAAAUUAUCAGUACAUGGUGUUCAAUCAAAAAUUAAUCAACCUUUACCGUUGUCAUCAUGUCCAGAUGCAAAAUGCUUAGGAAUGACACCAUUCUUGAUUGCCAUCGUUGUGCAUUUACUCAUUCUUUUAGGAUACAAUAUGUAUAAAGAAGCAAAAGGCAAUCAGUCAAAGAAAUUCUACUAAAAUUAAUUGCUGACAUUCCAUCAUUAUCGUCUCUGGGAUUUGUUCACUAAUGACGUCUUUAAUUUUUUGGGGGUCUAUAAAAUAUCUUUUUUGUGGAAAUUUCGGUCUAAAAAGUUAAUUUUAUUUUUGACGUUAUUUCUGGAUAAUCCCACGUCUGAUUUGUGUUUCGUGCAAAAAAUAAGAAUCAAACUCCACCUUUAUCAAAUUGAAAUAUGAACGCAACAAAUUUU